UUGUGACUUACACCGUGACCCGCAAGAUGUUCGCGUCAGGGACCAGGUUCCGGUAGAGAAGGUCGGGCACCGGAAGUGUACGGAAUUGGGAUGUUCGCGGCGGGGAUGCUGAGAAGAGCCCCUGCGAGGUACCUCUUGAGUUCCUUUGCUGUGCGUCGGGGACAAGUUUCAGAUGCCACAGGGACAUACGAGUCAGAAAUCCAGCUGCCUCCUUGGAAGGAACGUCUUAAUGAGACUCCAGAAAUCAAGAGAGCAAGACUGGUGUAUGAGAGCCGGAAGAGGGGCAUGCUAGAAAACUGCAUACUGCUCAGCCUGUUUGCCAAAAAAUAUCUGAGCUCCAUGACAGACACACAGCUUUCACAGUAUGAUCGACUGAUCAAUAUGCCAAGCAAUGACUGGGACCUUUAUUACUGGGCCACAGGAGCCCAGGAAACUCCCAAAGAGUUCAAUAACGAAGUUAUGGAUUUGUUAAAAGAGUUUGCCAAGAACAAAGACAUGGAACAGCGUCUGCGCCAGCCCGAUCUGGAGUACCUCUUCAAAGAUGCUCAGUGACCAAUAUGGGACAUACAACCUCCUGUAGGGAAUAAAUGUAUACAUUGAGGUGUCUACAUGAUUCUCUGUGUCUAAGGGUCAUAUAUAAACUGCAUUAGCUCAAAACAGAAAAUUGAGUACAUUUUAGCAUUUGCCUCUGUUUCUAACAAUUUAUGAGAAAAAAGAGAUUCAGAAAAAGAUAUGAAUAAGACUGUAUAUAAUUCGCUCCAUUUCAAGUGAAAACUAUGUAUUGCAAUGUCCCUGUACAUGUAGUAUAUCUGUUUUUUCAUUCUAUAAACAUCUAAGAUAAUGGAA